AUGAAGGAGGAUAAAGUAAAUAGCACAUACGAAAUACCGUGUUCAGACACCGUUCACUGUGUUGAAUUUUCUCCAUUCGAAUGGUCUUGCCAGUUAUUAGCCGCUGGAACAUCCUCGGGAAUAUCGGUGUUUUUGUGCAGAUUUCAGGAGGAAGAUGCAAAAGUCACAAAAGGCAUAGAGUUCACACGUCUGCGUGAUUUCUCAACCAACUGCAACACCCUAGCCAUAGCCUGGAGCCCACAGACUUCUCUGCAAGUGUUGCCAAAGAUAUUGUGUUUUGCCGCUGCAACAGAUGAUAGAACACUCAGAAUAUUCACCACUGAUCUGAAUACAACACACUCUGUGAAGGUAUUAUCAGGUCACAAAGGAUUUGUCAAUGCACUGACGUUUGACCCAAGUGAAGGAAGCUUACUGGCCAGUACAGGAGAUGAUCUAACAUGCCGUGUGUGGUCAGUUGCUGAUGGUCUGCAGGAGUCAUUGUUUCAGCUCACAUCCCCUGGCAUGGCUGUCUGCUGGCAUAAUGAUGAAGCCUACAAGUUAAUGGUUGCCCAGAAGGAUGGCAAUAUUCGGUUUUUGUCCCUACACAACCAGCAGCCAAUCAUGAGCUUGUCCUGUGGGCAGACUCCCCUGCUGUCUGCUGAUUGGUCAAGACAUGACCAGCUUCUGGUUGGGGCUGUUGCAGGAUCAGAGUGGAUGGUGUUUAAUGUAUCCGUGUCAAGCCUUCCUAUUGAAAGACGCCAAGCUCACAGUGAGGGUGCCUGUCUGUUCCGAUGGUCGCGAUGUCAUGAAUCCCUCCUGGCAACUUGUGGCAGACCAGGAAAAGAGCUGAAAGUUUUCAACACCAGGCAUCAGCAGCUACAUGUCAACACUAACCUGAAAGUCGCCUAUGGACUGUCCUGGCAUCUGCGCCUUCCUAUUUUGGCUGUUGGAGGAGAUCGAGCUGUUCACUUGUGGACGGUUGAGUCUAUAUAA